AACAUAUAUCGAGGGAGUCCUCGUUAUACAAAAUUAACGCUAUCGCAUUAAACAAAUUAUCGAGAAGUAUCUUUCAUUGUCGUGUGCUAAUUGAUAAUAUUUUGGGCAAAAUGGCUGCUACACGUGAGCACGCCAGACGCCAACAAUGAGCCGGCUGUCAGAACAAAAAGAUCAGCAGUCUUACACUGAAGUGAGCACCUUUCAGAUUAGCGACGGAUUACCGCGCAAUAUGGAACCCGUUAAAACAAGUCGCAUCUUUUUAGCCGCCGUCGCGGCCAACUUGUCCGCCUUUGUGGUGGGCACUUGCCUGGGCUGGACAUCGCCCAUUGGACCCAAACUCAAGAGCGCAGACACCUCCGAUUCGCCCUUGGAUCGACCUAUAACUGCCGAUGAAGAUGCCUGGAUUGCAUCGCUGAUUGCCAUUGGCGCCUUGAUUGCGCCUUUUGUGGCUGGACCACUGGCUGAUCGCAUUGGCCGGAAGUGGACGCUGCUCUCGAGCAGCUUCUUCUUUGUCGUCGCCUUUCUGCUCAACAUGGUCGCCUCGGAGGUGUGGAUCUUGUACCUGUCCCGCCUCGUUCAGGGCUUUGGCGUUGGCUUUGUGAUGACCGUGCAGCCCAUGUAUGUCGGUGAGAUUUCCACAGACAAUGUGCGUGGGGCCACUGGAUCGCUGAUGCAGCUGUUCAUUGUUUCUGGCAUUCUUUAUGUCUACGCCAUUGGCCCGUUUGUCUCCUACAUGACGCUGCAAUGGUGCUGCAUUGUGCUGCCCAUUCUUUCCGAUGUGGUCUUCUUCUUCAUGCCCGAGAGUCCUUACUACUUUGCCGAAGGGCGCAAAACGGAUGCAGUGCGUUCACUGCAAUUCCUGCGUGGCCAGAGCGCUGAAGGUGUGCACGAUGAGAUGGCGCUAAUUCAGGCCAAUGUGGAGGAAGCUAUGGCCACCAAGGGCACAUUUAUGGAUCUGUUCAAGAGUCCCAGCAAUCGCAAGGCGCUCUUCAUCUCUGCCGGCCUCAUCUGCUUCCAGCAACUGUCAGGCAUCAAUGUGGUGCUCUUCAAUAGUCAGUCCAUCUUUGCCAGUGCCAACACAGGACUUGAUCCGGCCAUUGCCACCAUUAUCAUUGGCUGUGUGCAAGUCAGCUCCUCGGGUCUGACGCCCAUCGUUGUGGAUCGUCUGGGUCGUAAGAUGCUGCUGCUCAUCUCGUCCAGCAUUAUGAGUGUGGGAUUGGCUGCGCUGGGCGCCUUCUUCUACAUGCAGCUGGUGGUUAAGGACAUCUCCAGUGUGCUCUGGUUGCCGGUGCCCGCUUUGAUUCUCUACAACAUUGUUUAUUGCACCGGCUUUGGUCCGUUGCCUUGGGCUGUGUUGGGUGAGAUGUUCCCGGCAAAUAUCAAGUCAGUUGCUUCGUCGGUGGUGGCCAGCACAUGCUGGACUCUUGGAUUCUUGGUAACACGCUAUUAUCCUGCACUCGACGCGCUUGGUGCCUAUUAUGCAUUCUGGUUGUUUGCUAUCUUCAUGGUUGUUGCCUUCUUCUUUGUGCUCUUCGUGGUGAUGGAGACCAAGGGUCUGAGUCUGCAGCAGAUUCAGGAUCGCCUCAAUGGCAAGCGAAACUAAGCAGAUGUUGUCGUAGUUAUAUAAAUAACUUUGCCGAUCCUAUAUUUAAGUUGUAUAUGCAAGUAUUUUAUUACCUAAUUCUAAGCAUAUUUUUAAAUUGUUAUUCAUUAUUGUUCCUCUAUAAUAAAAGAACACAACAAUUCAAUAUAAGA